GCAGGAUCCAAUCAAAUAUGCAUCUGUUGUGCUGUUUCAUGGAUAAGACCCUUUAAGGAUUUUACUGUAAGGAAUAAGAAGAGAUUUACGUACAUAUGUAUGUAUGUAUGCUUCGCAAACUCGUGACUAACUGCUGGUAAGCCCCCUCUCCAUUCGUUAUGAAUGCUGUGAUUGCUCUUUGUCACUUCUGCGAGGCGCACGGUCCAUGCGCAAUAUUCUGUACACAGACGCUGCGAGAUACCAAAAUCGAGGAUCUCCAGCUAGACCAACAACAACAUAGUCAAAAGGAAUGCUCAGCUUGCAACUAUACUACAACAACGGGACGAAAUAAUAUUUACAGUAAGGACACAGAGAGUGGCGCUACUUUUUUGAGUACGCAAACAUCUGUGCUGCCGGAAGUGGCGACAUUGGUGAAGCAAGCGGCUGUUCGUAGUCUUAGCUGCGAAAUAAACACCAAUAAGGAUAAGGAUGGUGGAUUCGUAUUCUUUGGGGACUCAGCCCGCGGCCAUGUAUUGAGCCAUACAUUUCGAGUGUGCGAUUUGCAGACUCGCGGCUUUUAUCAACUCUUCUCGAUUAUUGUGCUUAUGAAGGACAAAUACUUUUUGCUAAAUAUAAAACCGUUUCUGGCAGAGCACCUGAAAAAAAUCUCGUCAGAGUUGCAGGCUGCCGCCCAGCGGACUAAGGAGGCAGAAGAGGUCAAUUACUCGGCACGUCAAAGGCGUUUGUCAGGCGCCCAGUUUCUAAUGCCAACGCCACGUUCAUUGGUGGAAUUAACCUGCGAGCAGAAUGUCUUCGCCCAGCUGCAUUCCCAUUUUGCCUGGAUACUGCUGGCUGGGUCACGAUUCCUCACGGAGCAUGUGACCUUUGGCAACCUGCCCUGGCUACCACCGCAAAGCAGUGGCCGACCACCUGCCCAACGCCUCACCUACAACAGCUCCACCCUGCCCAUGAUAGAGAAGUACGAGGAGAGCAUUGACGAUCAGGAGGAGUUCUUCUCGCUGCGGCACAUUAAGCAAGUAGUGCGCAAGGAUGACUUUGCUAACGUUUGCUACUGCGCUCUCACCGGCGUCAAGAUUAUUGUGCGUGGCGCACCUGAGCGCACGUUUAACUUCAUGAUGUGCCUUAAAAAACUACUCCCCGAACCUAUGCACAACUUGAUGCGCAUAGAUGCACAGCAUCAGCAUUCAAUAAGCUCCGAGUACAAGAUAAUUUCAGUGUCGAAUGAUAUAGCUGUACCUGUUGCUAGCAGUUCGGUGUUUCGCAUCGAUUUUUUGGACGAGCACCUCAAUGGACACGACGUGUCUGUCAAGUGGCAAGGCGAACUGCCCAGAAAAUUGCCGGAUCUAAUGGUGAAGUUGCAGAGGGCGGUGGAGGAGAAAACAUUCACUGAAUUGGUGCUCAAUAAACAGACUAAAGUACACAUAGAGGAGUGGAAGAACAAAGUCAAAUGCUUGAAUCAUGCGAAGUCUACAAGUGUCCAGACCAAGUUGAAAAAGGUGCUCGGCGUGCAGCCCCAGGAUCAGCCGCUUAUCAAUUACUGGAGCACGCAUCUACACUAAAGAAUUUUGUAUAUAUAACGUUUCAGACGCUUAUUAAUUACUGGAGCACGCAUCUAUACUAAGUUUGUAUAUAAAAUAUCGUUUCACUUUUUGGAAUAAAAAUUCUUUAUUGCCCACGAGAGUGCAACAACACAA